UGGGCAAAGGAGGCUCUGGCUGAGCCCUGACACUCACUGCCGCCGUCCCCCUCGCACAGCCGCCGCUGGCUUCGUCCCUCUGCUGCCCCCGGAGCCGCUCGGGGUGCCCGGUUCUCCUCGCUGUCCCCUCCCCGCCGGUGCCCACCGGGGGCCGAUGCGGCUCAGCCCGGCCGUGCUGCCGCGGAGCCGGCGCUGAGCGGGGCUCGGUGCUGCCGGCCGCACUCCCCGCCGGGGCUGGCACCCCUCACCUGGGGCCAUGUCCCCCGCACACACCGCGCCCAGUGCCACAGGGACGGCUGUGCCCACCCUGCGCUGGCACCCAUGUGGAUUCUGAGCUCGCACACCCUCCAGGUUUGGAGCCGGCGCUGAGCAGAGGGAUGGGCAGUGCCAGCCCCGGGCUGAGCGCUCUGCCCGCCGCCCGCCUCGCCUGGCCGGACCCCGCGCUGCUGCCACCCCCGCGGGACCCCGACCCCCGCAGCUGGGGCUGCCCGGAGAGCCCCAGCCCCCCCAGCACCCCCGAGCAGCCCCUGCCAGCCUUCUGCCUGCACUACUUCGACAUGCUCUACCCGGAGGACACGGCCUGGGCCACCAAGGGCGCCGGAGAACCGGCCCAGAGCAGCGCCCAGGGCGGGCGAGAGGAGGCGCGGAAGGAGCCGGAGCAAUGUCCCAUCAUCGACAGCCAGGGGCUGGGGCUGGGGCCCGAGGGGGACCUGCAGGACAGCCUGCACCUGGAGGAGCACUCGCUGGAGCAGGUGCAGAGCAUGGUGGUGGGCGAGGUGCUGAAGGACAUCGAGACAGCCUGCAAGCUCCUCAACAUCGCCGCAGACCCCAUGGACUGGAGCCCCGGGAAUGUGCAGAAGUGGAUCCUGUGGACGGAGCACCAGUACCGGCUGCCACAGAUCGGGAAGUCCUUCCAGGAGCUGUCGGGAAAGGACCUGUGCGCCAUGUCCGAGGAGCAGUUCUGCCAGCGCUCGCCCGCCUGCGGCGACAUCCUGCACGCCCACCUCGACAUCUGGAAGUCUGCCGCCUGGAUGAAGGAGAAGGCUGCCCCGGGAGAUGUGAGAUACUGCGGAGGUGACACCGGCUGGGCCGACAGCGAGGUGGACUCGUCGUGCGCCGGCCAACCCAUCCACCUCUGGCAGUUCCUCAAGGAGCUGCUGCUGAAGCCACACAACUACGGCCGCUUCAUCCGCUGGCUCAACAAGGACAAAGGCAUCUUCAAGAUCGAGGACUCGGCGCAGGUGGCCCGGCUGUGGGGCAUCCGCAAGAACCGCCCGGCCAUGAACUACGACAAGCUGAGCCGCUCCAUCCGGCAGUACUACAAGAAAGGAAUCAUCCGGAAGCCCGACAUCUCCCAGCGCCUCGUCUACCAGUUCGUCCACCCGGUGUGAGCGGCGGCGGGACCGGCUGAGUGCCGGGAGGGACGGGGGACCUUGGCUGCCUCCCUCUGCCCCAGCCACGGAGAGCCUCUGCCAGCAGCAGGACCUCGGUUGCCGUGCGAGGCUUCCCCUGCCGGGACCUGCUGGCAUCGGACACAGGGACCCCCUCACCUCCAGCAGGCCCUGGUGUGGGGCAAGGACCGUGCAGAGCCCUUGUCCCCCACAGGAAGGGUGGGCACCCUGCCUGGGCUUGUCCCCCCUCCUCUCCUCCCUCCCGGGUUCUGGCUGUAGGUGGCUUCACCCCAGCCAUUGUUCAGGGAGGAAAAAGCCUGGGGCAUGAGCUGGGACAAUGGCACCCACAGGGACAGGGACACCCACAGGGACAGGGACAUCCACAGCUGCUCAUGGUGGGGUCCUGUCCCAGUCCCUGCGGGAGCAGCCUGGCACCAGCCAAGGGUGCUGCCUGCCAUGGGGGCUGUGCCACUGGGACCUUGGGCACCCCUUGGGACAGAUGCAUCCCCCUUUGCUGUUCACUCCAGGACAUGCUCAGCUGCUCCCCUCCACAGUGACUUGGGGCUGCAAACUGGAGUUCUGUAUCCAUGGCCCCAUCCUUGUGCAUGGGGCCACCAGAGUCCCCCUAAGACCCCAGGUUCUGUGCCCUGGCUCAAAGCUCUUCCCUUGAAUUUGGAUUUUAUUUGGACUGCCUGAUUCUGGAGUUUGGGGAAAGGGAGAUGGCAUUUGCCAUUUCCCUCUGGACAAUAAAUCCAGAGUGUGAUCCAUCCAGGCUGGACUGGGGCAGAGAGCUGGGAAUUGCUUCACCUGCUCAUUGCACCAGAGUCAGAGUUACCUGGCAAUGUUGAUCUUUUAUAUUCUAGGCUUUUUUUAUUUGGUUAUUUGCUUUUCUGUUUUGGCUGGUGACGAGUUGUGGUUUAGGUUCAAAUGCCAAGGGUGGCCCGGGCUUCCAGGGAUGUUCUAUGGGAGCUUAAAAGGAAAAAACACCUGGUUCUUGGUCUCUUGAGUUUUUUCCUUAAAAUAUCCACCAGUGCCAGCUACUGCCUUUCCUUUCUGUUCUUGCUCCGUGCUGCUCCCAUCCUGGCAGGAGGAAUGGAGGGCAGUGAGGACCAGGGGAGGGAGGAAAACUGCCUUGGCCUUUGGAAAAGGGAGUGGAAAAGCAAAAAAUGGGGGAAAAGAAAAAAAAAGCAAA